CGGGGCUCCUCCCUGAUCCCGGCAUGCACCGAGCAGUAGGCCCGGUCGUUCUGUUGGGCAGGAAGAUGGCGGCCUCGGGCGCAGCGCCGCAAAUCCUGGUACAAUACUUGGUAUUACGGAAGGAUCUCUCACAGACUCCAUUUUCCUGGCCAACGGGCGCACUGGUAGCACAGGGUUGUCACGCAGCCACUGCGGCUUUGCAUAUUUACCGCGACCACCCGUACACUGCAGCUUACCUCCAGGACCUGGAGCGCAUGCGCAAGGUGGUCCUCGAGGCCCCAGAUGAGACCACCCUAAAGGUACUGGCCGAGACGCUGCAAGAGAAGAACAUUGACCACAAGCUGUGGCUGGAGCAGCCAGAGAACAUCCCCACCUGCAUCGCACUCCGUCCCUACCCCAAGGAAGAAGUGGGCCAGUAUCUGAAGAAGUUCCGACUGUUCAAGUAACUGGUGUUAGCAGUUGCUUUGAUAUGUUUGAAUAUCAGCUGGACCCAGAAACUGCAUGCUGUCUGUCCUUAAGCAUCCCAUACCCCUUCCAGGGGCACGUCCCUCUUCCUUUAAAUUUUGACAGUUUCUUGAGGGUCAAACACAUGUUCACAUUAAAGUUGUCAUUAAUAAGUA